UGACUUAAUUUCACCAAAGUUAUAUUCUACGAACCUCGUUUUCGUUCUUUACAUUCUCUGCCACCAUUACAACGUGGUGUACGGCUGUAAGAUCAGCUCAGAAGCCGGCCCAUCUUAACUUAACACCGGGGUUUCAAUAAAAUUGAAGAUGUCUAAGAAGUUAGGAUUCGCAGAAAACUUUGCACUUUCUGGUGCGGCAGCUGUCAUCUCAAAAACUGCAGCUGCCCCCAUUGAAAGGAUCAAGCUGCUCGUCCAAAACCAGGAUGAGAUGAUCAAACAAGGCCGGUUGUCAGAGCCAUACAAAGGUGUCAUCGACUGCACUGUCCGCACCUUUAAAACAGAGGGAUUCUUUCCAUUUUGGAGAGGUAAUUUGGCAAAUUGCUUGAGAUACUUCCCUACUCAGGCUCUCAACUUUGCCUUCAAGGACACCAUCAAAGCACUCUUCAAGGCUGCUCCCAAUGAGUCUUAUGCCAUGAAGUUCACCAAGAAUAUCUUCUCUGGUGGUGCUGCCGGUGCAAUGUCCUUGUGCUUUGUGUAUUCCCUCGAUUACGCUCGUACCCGUUUGGCUAAUGAUGCCAAGGCUGCUGGCAAGGGUGGCGGAGAACGUCAGUUCAAUGGUCUCAUUGAUGUAUAUACCAAGACCAUCAAGUCUGAUGGUAUUGUUGGUUUGUACAGAGGAUUCGUCAUCUCCUGUGUUGGUAUUGUUGUAUACAGAGGGUUCUACUUUGGCCUCUACGACAGCUUGAAACCCAUUCUCUUGAAAGAUGAUGCUAGCGUCUUCCUAUCCUUUGCUCUUGGAUACACUGUCACAGUAUCAUCUGGAUUGCUGUCCUACCCCAUUGACACCAUCAGGAGGCGUAUGAUGAUGACCUCUGGCCAGGCUGUCAAGUACAAGGGCUCCAUUGACUGUGCCCUAAAGAUCAUCAAGAAUGAGGGCUUCAUGUCCAUGAUGAAAGGUGCCGGUGCCAACAUUCUCAGGGGUGUUGCUGGUGCUGGUGUGUUGGCUGGUUUCGACAAGUUCAAAGAGCUUUACAUUGCAAUGCGUGUGGGUGCUGGUAAAUAACGUGUAGUUUAGUUUAAUCUUGCUUUCAUGUUGAUUUAAAGAGUUGAAUUUAGCUAUACAUAGAAAGAAUUUGUACACCAGUUAAGAUACUAUUUUGUAUAGAAGGUUUUGUUAGUUUCUGACUAUUGUUGUGGACUGGAUGUAUACAUUUUUAGUACAAAAUUAAUGGACGUAUCAUAUUUUUUCUAGUUUGCUAUGUUUGCUAUAACUGAUCAGUUUAUACUGGAUCAUGGUCUUAGCAUACUAAGAAAAAUGACCAAGUACUCAUUAUUUGCUGACAUUCAGAUUUACACAUUUCAACUAGAUAUUUAUUAAGUACAAGAUCAGUGUAAUGUUUGUGGAAUCUGGUUUGUCUGGACUUGUAAAUGAAAUUGUAUUGGAAGAUGGCGUGUAUGAUGAUCUGUGAACAGAGCAAGACCUAUAAUAAAUUAAACAAUAUCUUU